ACUCUUUGGCGUCGAUUGGUUCAGCCAGGCAUGGGUAUCUCGUCGACGUCUCAUUCCUCCAUGAAUCUCCCUCUUUUCCGCUCCAUUAUUAUUGCCCCAGUUUCCCUCUCCCUCCUGCUGCUCCUGCAGUCCUGCUCCACAAAAUGCAAGCGCGCACACACGUAGUAUGCAUCGCGGCAAUACACACACCCACGCGCACGCAGCAGUACAAUACAAGCCUAGCACUACCUAGUCUAGACUAGUUUUUAGGACCGGCCGGGAUGCUGGACUGGGCGCCCGUGGUGGUGGGCGUCGUGCUCUUCGUGCUCCUCUCGCCGGGCCUGCUCAUCGAGCUCCCCGGCAUGCACCGCUGGGUCGACUUCGGCAGCCUCCGCGUCACCGGCAAGGCCGCCACCGUCCACACCAUCAUCUUCUUCGUCCUCUUCCUCAUUGUCACCAUGGCGUGCAAACUCCACAUCUACACCGGCGCCUAGCUGCUGUACCUCAGCUCGCUACCUGUGGGCGACUAGCUGAGCUCCCUAGCUAAUCUUCACCGCACGCACCGUACGUACCUGUUCGUCGUCGUCUAUUCGUCAACCCGUUGUUUUGUAUUAUAUGCUCUCUCUCGUCAUAUAUAUCACACGGUCGAUCGCCCGGCCAUUUCAUAGGCUGUACCUGUAUUCCUACUUUAACAAGGGUAUACUUGUAUACGUACGUGAUCUUGUUUUAGCAUCAUCCUGAUGCUUCAAAA